CUGAACUAUAUACAUCAGAAUCAAAAGGGGAUGAUGUGACUGGUGAUGGCACUAAAGAGAAGCCAGUGAAAACAGUUUUGCAGGCAAUGCGCCUCGCUGGAAAGGAACCCUUCCCUGUCAUUUACUGUGACUCUAAAAAAGAGGGAGAGGUUUAUGAGCCUGUUGCAAAAUCUCAGCUAAAAAAGAUUCAGAAAAUCUGGCAGAGAGAGCAACACAAGACGGCCGGUGUGGAAGAAGCUGCUCAAAAAGAUGCUGAUCGAAGGGAGAAAAAUCUGGAAGAAGCAAAGAAAAUAGUAAUUGAGAAUGAUCCCAGUUUACCAGCACCAACUCAGAUUAAAAUUCGAUCAGCAGUUGAAAACCGGGAUAAGAGAGUGAAAAUAUUUGGAUGGGUCCACCGCAUGAGACGACAAGGAAAAACUCUGAUGUUUGUUGUGCUGCGGGAUGGCACUGGAUUCCUACAGUGUGUCAUGGCUGACAGAAUGAGUCAGACUUAUGAAGCGGUGACACUUGCUACUGAGGCAUCCAUUGCAGUUUACGGUGUUAUCAAGGAGCUGCCAAAAGGGAAGACUGCUCCAGACAACCAUGAAAUGGCUGUGGACUUCUGGGAGUUAGUAGGCUCCUCACCUGCAGGUGGCGCUGACAAUCUGUUGAACGAGGAGGCCCACCCAGAUGUUCAGCUGGACAACAGGCAUAUGAUGGUGCGAGGAGAAAACACGGCUAAAGUUUUGAAGAUGAGGUCAGUUAUAACUCAUUGCUUCAGGGAGCAUUUUUUCGAUCGUGGCUACUUUGAAGUCUUUCCUCCAACACUUGUCCAGACUCAAGUAGAAGGAGGCUCCACUCUGUUCAAGAUGGACUUCUUUGGAGAAAAUGCCUACUUAACUCAAAGCUCACAGCUCUAUCUGGAGACGCUGAUUCCUGCAAUGGGUGAUGUGUUUUGCAUGGCACAGUCUUACAGAGCAGAGCCUUCAAAAACAAGAAGGCAUCUUGCAGAGUACCCUGAGGACUUGGGCUGUGAUGUUGUUGAUCGACGUGCUAAAAUCUCCUGUCCCCGGCAACACUCUCCCAAGAAGCCUUUCAGGAGGAUGAACUAUACUGAUGCCAUUAUUUGGCUUAAGGAAAACAAUGUCACAAAGGAGGACGGUACCUUUUAUGAGUUUGGGGAUGACAUUCCAGAAGCUCCAGAACGUAAAAUGACUGACACUAUCAAUGAGCCAAUCAUGUUGUGUCGAUUCCCGGCAGAAAUCAAGUCAUUCUACAUGCCACGCUGCAAGGAAGAUAACAGACUUACAGAAUCGGUUGACUUGCUGAUGCCAAAUGUGGGUGAGAUUGUGGGUGGAUCCAUGAGGAUUUGGCAGCAGGAGGAGCUGGAAGCUGGCUUCAAGCGAGAGGGCAUCGACACUAAAUCUUACUACUGGUAUAUUGACCAGAGAAAGUACGGCACAUGUCCUCAUGGUGGCUAUGGUCUGGGAGUUGAGAGAUUUCUCUGCUGGAUUCUCAACAGAUAUCACAUUCGUGAAGUGUGUGCUUACCCUCGCUUCAUAGGCAGGUGCACCCCAUAG